CCGCCAGCGCUGUCAAUGCAAUGACAGCUGUUCGGUGUAAAUGUAAACAAACGUUCAAAUAAACAUCAACACGCUACCAACAAAUACCGGCUCGCACCUAUUGCUUAUACAACGCGAUACGAUGAGUAUUUUUCUCGGCAGUUUUAGGUCACACUGUGAAAGGAUAUUAAGUACAAAAAGUUUACAGCUAUGUUCGGCAACGUUUGGCAAACUGCACUACACUACCAAAGUUAAAUGUGAGCUCGAUUCGACCACCGAAAAGGAAAUCAUCGAGCAUGGAUUAAAGCCACGCAAACAUCGUGGACGGAUCAAAUGUAACAACACGGCUGUAGUGCCGGAAAUACAUGAUGCGAUCGUCAAGUGUGUUAAAGACUAUCCCGUCAAGAGUCUCAUUGCGGACGGACAACGUUUGAACAAUUGUGUUCGAUCGCGCAAAUGGUACCCGAUCGAUACAACAACCAACCGCGGCACGAACAGAACCAGCGACCGGAUGCCUUCCAGUGCCCGUCGACAGAGUUCAACCGUGUUUGACAUGCACGACGAGUACAGCUGUCUUACACAGUUGAUCGGACGCGCGGAUGCUGAAUAUGCCGUACUGAAGCGCAUCUUUACCGAAAUCAAACAACGCGAUCCUGAACUGAAGCCUCGAAGCUUUCUCGACUUUGGCGCAGGUGUCGGAACCGGUACGUGGGCUGUGACAGAUUUCUGGCGGGAACACCUGUUUGAGAUUCUUUCGGUGGAUAAAUCGCGCCAUAUGAACGAUCUUGCUGAGCUGGUGUUGCGCCAGGGCGAUCCCAACAAAGCAACGAUGGUGCGGAAUGUGUUCUACAGACAGUUUCUACCGGCCAACCCGGAACGGAAAUAUGAUAUUGUGUUGAGUUCAUUCGCGCUCUUUGAUCAACCAUCCCGCCGGCGACUGUAUGAACUAGCGGACCAGCUGUACAAUACGUUCGAUAAGUAUUUGAUUUUGGUCGAGCAAGGUUCGAACGCGGGCUUCCAGCUGUUGGAAGGUAUUCGUAACCACAUUCGUCGCAAUCAUGAUACGGACGAGAAACAUCUAUUUGCGCCGUGUCCCCACUCGAUGUCCUGCCCACGUAUAAUGAAAGACGACGGUACGCCCUGCAACUUCGAGGCCACCUACACGCGCAGUUUUCCAUCCUCCGAUGGACAUCAGUAUGGGAGCAUACUUUACUCAUACCUGGUAUAUCGAAAAGGUCCCCCGGAUAGUGCUCAAGCGUUUCCACGUCUGGUACGACCGACGGCUGUUCGUUCGAAGCAUUGCGUCUGUCACGUAUGUGCCUCGGAUGGCAAGUUGCGUGACGUUGCUUUUACGACGUCGAAACAUGGCCAAAUUGUGCACCGAUGUGCCAAGGCUAGUCGAUGGGGUGAUCUACUCCCGAUGCAGAUCCAGUGGCUGAAUAACACCGAAGACGACAAACCAGAUGAAGAGACCUGAAUCGCCCUGCUUUGCAGUAGAAAUGUGAAUAGGACAUAAAUAAAAAAAAAGUCAUUUAUAAUCGAACAAA